UUACUACAUAGUCAAGAGCCUGGACCAUGGAAAUCUUGCUGCUCAUCUGCCUCAUUUCUUUUGUGCUUCCAUCUAAAGUGAUGUCUUCAGGUAACUACAACAUUUAUAAAGUAAACACAAUUGAAGAAGAGGCUUGUGUUUUAAAUUGUAAAGCUUGUAAUGGUGUCCAUUAUGUAAAGUGGUCCAGAAACAGCAGCCUGAUCCAAGAAUUAUCAUCAAAAGAAGAGGAAAGAAUACAUUAUAAUUCAACCAUAUUGUGGUUCCUUCCCGCUGUUUUGAAUGACUCUGCAGUGUACAUUUGUAUUUGUAGCGAAUCUGCAGGAUUUGGAAGCGAUGAAAUUUUAAGGAAUAAUUUUGAAUUAACUGUAUAUAAAAAGGACGUUAUGAACGAAGCACUGCAAUUUACUCGCAAAUUAAUUUCACCAACUUCACAAAUUACUUGUCCUGGUUUACUGCCUGAUGUAAAUGUGACCUGGUAUAAGUGGCCAAAGGACACCACAGUUUUGAAUGGAUAUAAGACUUUUGAGAAGUUGCCAGAGAAGGGACCAAAGCUUUACUUCCACUACCCUAACCGUUCAAAUGAAGCACUUUACACUUGUAUCAUGAGUGGAGUGCAUCAUGGGAAACCAUUUCAGCUGUCGAGAACAGUACAUGCUGUUUUAACAGCUCCAUCUAUUUCAUUAACCCCAAUAAUUAAGAGUCCAAACAAUGAGACUGUGGAGGUAGAUCUCGGUUCUCCUAAAAACAUUGUGUGCACAGUUUUCUUUGGAUUUAAUUCAAAGGAUGUAAGCAUUGUACAGUGGAAAUUAAAUGGGACCAGUUUGAAAAACCAUGACGAUUAUAUUUUACAUGAGCAGAGAAGUGAGGAAGAAAAUAUGACCAUUCACCGGUUAACUUUGACCAUCAAGAAAGUGACAGAAAAGCAUUUUAAUACUUACAAAUGUUGUGCUGCGAAUAGUGAGAAGUGGGUGCAAAGCUUCAUAACCUUAAAACCAAGAGAGGGGAGCAAGGCUCACUUUGUGGUAACAUUUUUUGGGGUUGCCGCAUUAGUAAUGCUCUGUGCAGCAGUUUUGCUAAAGUAUUUCAUGAUUGACAUUGCACUGUUCUUUCGGAGUUCAUUUAAAUCACGCUCACAUCAGCAUGAUGGAAAAAUAUAUGAUGCUUAUAUAACUUAUGCUGCUGAAAAUCUACAAGAAUCUUUCAAGAAAAUAGUUAACAGAUUUGUGCAUGAAGAUUUGAUAAAUGUCUUAGAGAAGACAUAUGGCUAUAAACUUUUCAUUUCUGGAAGGGAUGAUCUACCAGGAAAUGAUAAAGCAGAAGAUAUUGGAAGAAACCUACAGAUCAGCAGACGCCUCCUUAUUAUUUUAACGCCUUCAGAUUGUACAAAUGUCUAUGAUCAGCAAGUGGGAUUGUUUAAUGCUCUUCUUAAGGACAGUAUGAAGGUAAUACUAAUUGAGAUGGAAGGGUUGAGCAGCUAUGGAGAGCUCCCUGAAUCUCUGAUCCACAUUAUCCAAAAAAGGAAACCUUUAAAGUGGAAGAAAAAACAAUCAGCAAACUCAAGGUUCUGGAAACAUCUUAGAUACCAAAUGCCCUAAACCCAAAACAAGGGCGGGAGAUUUCAAAAUGAGUCUGUAAAUUGUGCAAGCUUUUGAAAUGUAAUGUAAUUUGUUUUCAUUUUUUAGAUGGCUUAGGAAGAAUUCUUUUUACACAUACACAUACACACAUACUUCAUAGCCCUUUGAUUCUGAUCUGAGCUAGUUUCUCUGUGGAGUAUAUAUAUGUUCGUUUUAUGUUUGUAUGGGGUCCUCCACCACUUCCUAAAGAUUUGUUGUCCAGGUUCAAAGGCUCCAUUAUACUUUUGUGUUUCUAUAUAUGUGUGCCAUUGAUAGACUUCCAUGCCUUUCAGGGUUGUCCUUACAGCUGUCAGGGCAGAAAUAAUUGUUGACUUCAGGUCACCUACAGAAGAAGAAAUGAGCUUGCAAAUGGAUGGAGGCAUGGACAGCAGACACACUUGUCUUCAUACAGGUUUUGGCAGAAAGAUUUUCAAUCAGCACUCUGUGUUCUUAGUUUGUCAGCAUACAUUUUUCUUGUCAUUACAUGACCAGUUGGAAUGUUUUUAGAAUCUGCAUAUUACGCUUUUGCUUCAGAAGUUAUAUUUUAAUAGUAUUCAACAUGUAAGCUUUUUACAGUGCAAUAAAUCAUCCAGCAGAUGACAACAGUGUAAGCUAACUGUCCUACAGAAAAUGUCUGUGAGCUCAGCUGGUCACUAUGUUUGAAGGAUUAUUUUGUGGAGGGGCUGCAAGUGCAUUAUAGUUAUGUUAUAGUUUGGCCAGCUUUCCUAGCUUUAUUUUCUCAUCUUUUUAU